AUGAAGGUUAAGUUCAAUGUAGGGGUACCCCUGACUAACGUCAAUAUGGCAGAUCAAGACAGGGUCCUCAAAUACGCCGGAGAUGUGACUCUUCGUCUGCAGACGCCCACCUAUCUGCCUAGAGUUCCGCGUGAACUUCCGCACACGACUAGUAUGCCCGUCAAGCCUCCGACCGCAGCUGGGGUGCAACAUACGACUGGAUCUAGCCCAGACGCCUCAGCCAGCAAUGCGAGCGAGACCGAUGUAACUCGCGACCCAAGUAUCAAAUCCAAAAACAAUCUCACUGCCAUUUUCGCGCAUGUCUUCGAUCUUUGCUGGGAGCAGGCCUGGGAGUACAAGUCCGCCAUAUUCACUAGUCUGUGGAGGGACCCCAAGACGACGAUCAUCAUCACUCAGGGCGCUGUCCUCGGUUUCUUUGCCCUCCCUUCUCUCUUCUCUCUCAUUGGAUUUCGCUUCAGCAUCCCCUCUCUCAUCACUCAUGCAGUUUUCAUGGGCUUGACAGCUCUGGUGACCUAUCGACUGAGUAUCCCCCGGAAUACCUCUCCAACCAGCUUCAUGGUUCCCUUGGACGAUGUGAACCAACUUCACAAGGAUAGGGUACGCGUCAUGGUGCGCGUGAUGAAUGCUGAGCUGAGCAAGCUGCUGGAUGUCUUUAGCGGACAGGAGUGCAGAGACAUGAAGAUGGAAACGGCCAGGUUGAUGGGUUUGCUGGGCACAACCCCUGUUGAGGCAUCUGAUCUUCCCGUUGCUGACCGGGUGAGGUCCGUUGAAGGGGGUGGUGGGUUCAUCACAACUGGUUCUCUCGCACCGGCACCCUUUCAUCCAUCGGAGGGCCGUUUCAAAAGCGUACCAUUCCAACCUGGGGCAGGAGGCAAAUGGUAUUGA